AUGUCCUUUACAAAGAGGUUUCAACCGGUUUCGCUUGGUGAUACCAAUCUUUUCAAGCCCAUUAAAGUAGGGGACGUCCAACUAAACCACCGUGUAGUUUUAGCACCACUAACCAGAUGCAGGUGUUUAAACGAUGAUGGCGUUCUAAAUCAAGAACUUGCCCCCGAAUACUAUUCACAAAGAUCGCAAGAGCCUGGAACCCUAAUCAUUACUGAAGCCGCCUUCCCCAGUCUACAAAGUGCUGGAUUUGUUGGAUCCCCAGGAUUAAUUACCGGGGACCAAUUUUCGGCAUGGUCCAAAGUAUUUAAUACGAUUCAUAAAAAUAAAUCUUCUGUAUUCGUACAGAUAUGGAGUGCUGGUAGAAGUGCCGACCUGGAAGUGUUAGCUAAAAAUGACUUACGCUAUGAUUCUGCUACCGAUAACCUCUAUAUGAACAGAGAGAUGGAAGAAAAAGCAGCUAAACUUCAAUUGGCUCAACAUGGUAUUACGCAACAAGAGAUCAACGAAUACAUCAGAGAUUGGGUUCAUGCAGCAAAGAACUCUAUCAAAGCAGGUGCUGAUGGUGUAGAGAUUCAUGCCGCUAAUGGAUAUCUUUUAAACCAAUUCUUGGAUCCAAUUAGCAACCAUAGAACCGAUAAGUACGGUGGAUCCAUAGAAAAUAGAUCUCGCUUUCCCUUAGAAAUCGUCGAUGCUAUUAUUGAUGCCAUCGGUGCCUCUAAAAUAGGUAUUAGGUUUUCACCAUAUGGAUUUUACGGGGAUAUGUCUAGUGGGGAUAAUCCGUUGAUACUAGCUCAAUACGCUCACAUCAUCGGUGAACUGGAAAGAAGGGCCCAGCAAGGUAAUAGAAUAGCUUAUAUCCACUUGGUGGAACCUCGUGUUACUAUUCCUCAGUUACCAGAAGGUGAAGGUGCAUAUACAGGUGGUACUAACGACUUUGUUUAUUCCAUUUGGAAGGGUAUUGUCAUACGUUGUGGUGAUCUGGCACUACAUCCAGAAUUGGAAGAGAAAUUCACUGAAGAUAAUCGCACCUUACUUGCUUACGGGAGAUUUUUUAUCUCUAAUCCAGAUUUGGCACAUCGAUUGAGGGAAGGGUUGCCCUUGAACGAAUACGACAGAUCCACUUUCUACACUUCUAAUUCAGUUGGUUACACUGAUUAUCCCAAUUAUCAGAACUGUUUAAAACUAGGUUACUAA